GUGGAGCUGGAAGGGAUGCUAAAAAUUGGCUGGAAAUCUGUGCUAAAGUUGGUUGGGAGAGACCUCGACACAGAAUGAGUUUCAGGUCAAUGAGUGUCGUCGAUUCGUUGGACGCACUGACUUUAGAAGAACACUCAGCUAAAGCGAGUCAGCGUUUCGUUGACGAUGAUGUCAUAUACUUAGGAAAAUCCAAGUCUGCCAAUCGCCAUUCCAAUACAGCCGGACGGGAGAGAAGACCAGUCAAGGAAUUUGAGGAAUACAAAAGAAUUUCUUGUGAGCUUUGUGGGGAAGAGGAUUCAUCAAAAUGGAUUAUGGUGGAACCCAAAGUUCAUUCAGAAAAUGAGAUGAUGUUCAGUGUUUCUCUUCCAGGUACAGGCGAUUAUGAAUGUUCUAAGACUGGACUGAGAUGGGAAACCAAUACAAAAACUAUCAUUUCCUACAGAUAUGGCUCAUGGAAGAAAGAUGUUUCUAUGAUGAAUAGCGAUCUGCAAAUCUGUGGACCAUUGUUUGAUUUCCACGUAAAAGGACAGGUCACAGCUAUUCACCUGCCUCAUUUUUUAUGCUUGAAAGGUUGCACACCUAAGGAUGAAUUGAAAAUUAUUCAUGUGAAAGAUGGGAACUAUUCACUCAUGAACCCAUCAGCAAUCAAUGGCAGCCAUGUGGAACUGAAGGCACCAAGUUUUUCUCUGCUGAGUGUUGUUAUUUCGAAGGUUUCCUCGCGGCUGUUCCCUGUUCACACUCUGGCAAUGAUUUAUCGGACACGGAUGGUUGGAGAAUUAACCCUCCACGUCUACUUUGUACCGAAUGAAUGCUCAAUAAUAAAGGCAGUUAACGAGCAAGAAUCAGGUGCUAUGAAAAUUGAGAAACCUCCUCAGAUAAAAUCACUCAGUUAUGGCAAAACCUAUUUCUUGACCAGCCCUGCCAACGUCAAUAUUCUUCCACCAGCUAUCAACUUCUGUUACUUGAGGUCUGAUCAACGCCAACAGUACUGUGAAGUACAUAGCCAAGAUGAGAAUGCCAGCAUCGAGUUAAAACUACGGCCGGAAAAAAAGAGCGAUCCUCUCUGGGUGACCUUGCUGAGGCCAAUGGAGCUUCAAGUUCCUCCCAAAGUACCUUUGACUGCAAACCUUGCUGUGGAGUUCAUUAAUCGGCACAAAAAAAGUAUCAUUGAGAGACUUGGAGUAAUUGACCCUUACCUUAGACACUUGCUCGAAGAAAAAGUGAUCAACGAGGAUGAAGAAGAGGAAAUUCGUAUCAAUCCAAAACGUACGAGAAGUAAUGAAACACUAGUGCGAAUGGUAAUGAAAAAAGGGCCACAUGCCCAAGAGCAGCUUUACAGAGCCAUGGAGACACAUGAUCCCUUCCUUGUAAAAGAUUUGCAGUAAAAAUUGACAAGCAACAGACAAGGAACAGAAAAUUGAGGAUCUAAUAAGAUUGUUUUCUGCUGAAGAGUGAUUUGUUUCUCUGGUGAAUAAAACUGUUUUGAUGAUUCUAAUAUGUUGUAUUUUAGUGCAGCAGAAACCAACAUUUAAGAAAAUCUGUAGCCAAUUAGAAAACCUGAAAUUAUACCAAAAAUUAUACAAACCACAUGAAGAAACCACAUUCCUUCAGUUCUACGUGUUGCAGAGAAGCUCCCUGGCUGUACAGUUGUUAAACCAAAUUGUCUUAUACAGUUAUUACAUAAUUUGUACGAGUAGUUAAAUUCCAAGUUCUGCACAAAGUCAGAAUUAUUUUUUAGCAAUGCUUUAUACAGUUCAUCUUCUGCAUCUUCUCCCUUAUUCAUUACUAGUUGAAGCAUGGCUUUAUUUUGUUGAAUUUCUACAUUAUGAGUGACAAUUUCGGACUCUUCAGAUUUAGUGAUAACAUUUGUAUCUCGUAAAUGCAACAGGAUAGGUUGAAUUGUUUUGAGACAACAAAUUAUUUCCUUUUUGUGUCUAUGAACAAAGUCUACACAUCUUUUCAACUUCUUAAACAUAUCUGAAAGAAAAGCACAAUGGUUAGAGAACUGUAAAUUAUAUUGUUUAUAAUGACUGCUGCUGUUUUAAAAGGAUAAAAAGAAGCGUUUUAAACUAGUUCCAGAUACCCAUAUGUGUCAAAGGUAACAUAUUAUAAUAAUCUUUGCAUUUGAUAUCAAGCCUUACCCAUUCAUCAAGAUGUCUUAAUGCACUUUACACAAUUUUUUUUGCAAAGUGCGGUGAAUCUGUAUUGGAAGGAAAUAUGGCAGCCAAUUUGUACACAGCAUUGCAUUCUAAUGAAAUAGAAUGAACAGAAAAUACAGAUUUCUUUCCCCAAACUAUUAUUUUCUUUAAAUGGUUAUGCAUGUUUAUUUUAUAUCUGAGUUUAGGUACAUUAGCACUGACCUGGUCGUAACAAUAUUUCCCACAACACAUUGAGCUUGCUUCUUUCAGUCAAACACAGCUUAAUGCUAUAUUUCGACUCCUGGAUAUAAACCUCAUGGAAUGGUUGCUGUUGUUUAUACCUGAAGUAGCUGAAUUUUAUAUCCUAUAAUAACAAGAAUUUGAGAGAGUAUAAUGCACAGGAACAUGUGUUCAAUGAAGGUACAGUCGGUGUAGCAAUAACAUGGCAAUUAUCUGUAGAAAACCGAUAAACUGACUUUACAAUGACAAUUGUUUUAAUAAAAUAAUGAAAAUAAUUAUUUCCUUAUAGUUUUGUAUUUGAAUCAAGAUUUUUUUUAAUUGUUUCAAGGAUCUAUUCAUUUUGAAGAAUCUAUCAAUAGUAAAUAAAAACUUAUCACAAUAAAUUCUGAUCUGUCAAUACGU